UGUUUCCGCGGGGAGUGUAAACAUAGGGAGAGCGCCGGUGACGCCCGCGCGUUCCAACUGAAACUUUUAAACCAAGAUACCCGGUGAGAACCGGUGGAUACACCAAUCACCUAAACCAGACGAAAGAAACAUUAACGUCUUCUUUUUUAUUUUUAUUUUAAUUUAUCUGCGUAGUAUUAAAUACAUUGAUGAUUGUAGUAUAACUGAUGGAGCGGGAGACCGUUUGCAAACCUCAGAUUUAUAGUAUGACAUUUUGCUGCAAUUGAUUAAAAAAAAAAAACAAAAAAAAAAAACACCUUUCGGUGCUUUACUCAAGUGUUUGACAUUCCGGGAAACUUUUUCAAAUUGAAGGCUGGACAUUGAUUGAUAAAAAGCAAGAGCCACAUUAAUAGGACUACACAAAAUAUCAAAGAAAUUACAACUUCAGGCAAGAUUUCGUAAUUGCCGGGGUUGAUCAGAUUUGAAUACAGAAAACAAAAUCGUGUUUUAAGAUAGAAAUACAUUGUUAAGAAUGGAUAAUGACCGCUCACAAGCAAACUGUUCCACGCCGUCAAUAGUGACAGUGGGAAGGGAAAGUAUGGAAUCGUCUUUAAGUUCCAAUGCAGGUGAUAUUUUAAUAAGAUCAACAAGUCUUCAUCAUGCGAGAAACACGAGCGCCGACAAUGAUCGUGAUGUGAGUAAUGUCUCCAGUGGAUUUGUUUGCUACAAUAAAAAGGUUAAAUUCUCAGUUAAAAAGCUCCGGGAAGUUGGUUCUCCGUACCACACGAAUGAGUACAAGAAACAGGUAGAAAAAAAGAUACCUGACCAGAUGUAUAUCCCACCAGCGUUACCUGCUAAUAAACCUGCCCACCCUGCUGAUGAUAGGAGAAGAGAGUCAGUACGUGAUGCUGAUUCUCUGAUUCCUGCUUGGAACACCUCUGAACGACAGCCUUUGCAUGGAUGUGAAAACAGCCCAGGCUCUAUGUCCCAUCAGGGGCCAGAAGAAGAUGCUCAGGAGCAUGGUGUAAGAGGCACCUUUUUAAAAAAUCCUCCAGGUGGCAGUGGAAAAGAAGGAAGUGACAUAGUGAUCUCGCAGUAUUCUGCUGGUCGAAAAGAAGCAAUGAAAGCAGUUUUUAAACGGAGAUCAAAAACUGGUCCUGUCCGGAAAGAGGUAAAGGUGCAGUUUCUGGAAAACCAGUCAUCAGCAAAGGAGACCACAGUGACAGAAAGCAGACCACCUUCCCACUGUGCAGCAGAUCCAACCAUCACUGCAGCUGCUGCCACUGCAGCGGCCAUAGCAGCAACUGUGCCUCUUCUCAAGGGUCAGAGUGAUUUGGAAGCCAAGAUUUCUGACUUGGUGAAGAAUCUUCAAGAGACGGACCGCCUGGUGCAACGAGAGCAGCACCAGCAUCCUAAAAGUCCUUUCCAGAAUGAGAGGGUCGUCGAGCUGGAGAAACAGUUAAACACUCUUACAGAACAGAGGCUUAACCAUCUGGAGAAGCUCCAGCAGCAGCAGCUGGAGAUGCAGUCUCGUUUGAUGAGCUCUACAAUCAAUGCUGUUGGGCUCAUUCCAGCUUAUUCUCACACAGUGCAUCACGGUUCAGCAGCCAAUUCACAACCUGGUCUGCAGCAGUUGCCUAGCAACUACAGCCAAGAUUCACAUCUUGGAUCUCAGUAUUCUGGCUCCCUUGCAGCAGCAACAGCAGCUUACCCAAGCCGGCACAUUCGACAUGGUGCUGCUGUACAGAAGUCCCCGCUGGAGACUCCAGCUCCUCGUAGGUUUGCACCGGUUCCCAUGUCCAGGGAUGGCAAAGUGCAGCACAGGAAUGACAAGCCUGCGGUGGAGAAAACCACAGUCAGUGGAUCUGUGUCUGCAACCAGGCUGGGAAAUAGGAGGCUUUUGGAAGAGAUUCUUAAUGAGGAAACUGCAGAGGGAAGCAGAGUGGCCAUGGCAACAGCAGGCAGAUAUCCAGAGAGAUCCAGCUCUGGCAGCCUGCUGACUGAAUCCUUUCCAGCUUUUGAACCCCCCUCUAGGGGUUCGGACCAGGCCGAGGUAGCUGCCAGCACAGCUGUACAGAAAGCCACUGACGUGCUUCACAACCUUGGCAGACUGAAGAACGAGAUGCAAGGCCUGUUGCAGGAAGGACAGCAAUGGAUACCAAGUGUGCAACACCACUCCAAGCUUCAUGACACGUUUACAAUGGAACGGAGUGUGCAGGCUAGGCAGAACAUGAGCCACAAAGCUAUCGAUCCAACGCCUCUUCAGCAGCCUCUGCUUGCAGGGGCUGCUCCCCUCAUGGAUAUUGCAGACCUGCCCCAGCUCCCUCAGCCCUCUUUUCUCCAGAAAUCCAAGGCCCCCAAGUCCAUGUUUGAAGAUGCUGAAAGGAUACUGCGAGAAGUGAAGAACAACAAGAAAGUCCUUGAAGAAAACUUGGAAGCCAUUAUGCGGGCAAAAGAUGGAGCUGCCCUACACUCUCAGAUUGAGGCUUUGUCAACCAACAGGGAUGCAACUGAAGAGACACGAGUCAAGAAGACAGUGGAUGCCUGGAUUGGCACUCUCAGCAAGGACAUUCAGAAUGAAAUUGCAAGAAAAGAUGUUCUGUCACAAAUGAAAGUGAAGGAGAAAGAAGCUGGUACUGUUUCAUCUCACAAGGGUCAUGGUGCCAAGGACAUGAAGCUGCACAGAGAUGUGAAAAAUAAAACCCAAAGUAAACUAGUAACUCAAAGCUCUGUGAAGCCCUUCCAGAACCUAGCAGGAGAACAUUCUGAAAGGUCUGGUGCAAAGAGUAGACCAUUAACUUUGCAGAGGAAAGAGAAAGCUGCCAAGGUGCCACUGGUUAUGCAGAAGUCAGUAAUGGAGGAUGAAGACUAUCUCUCGAGGGUUUAUGGGAAGGCUUUGUAUCAGGGCCAUCGCAGCAGUCUGAAGAAAGGCCCAUAUCUCAGAUUGAACUCUGCUUCACCAAAAUCCAAACCCCAGAGGCCCAAAGUGGUGGAAAGUGUCAAAGGAAUCAAGAUGAAGUCUGCCCGAACUCAAACAAGCCCAUUCCCACUUAAAUUGGCAGUGACCAGACCAAUAAAGCAGAGACCAAUUUCUAUACCACUGCUUCCAGAGAACCAGUACAUGUUCAGUCCAUCUGGAAAAGAGCCUUUAUCUGCUAUGAUUGACGGUCUAGUUGAAGGGCAUCUGAUCCCUAUGGCCAUUCCAUUGGGUGAGCCAAGAAUGGAUGGGAUGGCCCCACAACCUGCAGGUGUGAUUAUCACCACCCGGCAGCCUGUCACAGUAACUACCUCAAUCCCCCCAUCUCCCUCCAAGCAGAAGACACAAGUGAAGAAACCCACCGUUGCUGUGAUAGAAAUGAGGUCAGAAAAAAAAGACCCACCCAAGUUGUCUGUGCAGGUGCUACCAAAUGUAGAUAUCAACAGCAUCUCAAGUGAGAGCCCAGCGCCAUCACCUCCUCCUGACCGCACAGAGAUUCAGACUCCAGAACAAGCCCAAACUGAGGUUGAAGAGAUUGCUGGGUUCCCUGGAACAGAUUUUAUAGCAGUCACUGACAUAACACAGGAGUCAGAAAAGGAUGAGCUUCCCGAAUCAGUUAUUGAGUUAAACGGCUGUGCUGGGUCCAUCUUUGCUCCAUACCAUAGGCCUGCUUUCCCACCCACUGUUCCACCCCCACUUCCCACUGUGGACGUUACUGAAGAAAGGAUAAGAGAACAAGAAACUCUGGAAAACAGGCUGGUUCAAUGGGUGGAGCAAGAGCUUCUGGCGCGAGCGAUCGAUGAGAUGUAUCCACUCCAUCUCCAGCCUCGUCUGGACAUCCUUGUGUCAGACAACGAGGACAGCAUCUCUUCAACAUCUGAUAUAGUUGAAGCAGCGGGUGGAGGAGGCUUGCAGCUGUUUGUCGAUGCAGGGCUUCCAGUUGACUCUGAUCUGAUUCGGCAGUAUGUCAACGAUGCCCUUGCUGAAAUCGUAGCCAACAUGUUGGGAGAGAGAGAGGAACAAAGCCAAGCUCAAGUACCUCCGCUUCCCCUCAGCAGACCGUCAUCGCUGGAAUUAGUAAUCCCAACACCAGUGCCCACCCCUCAGCAUACCCCAAGACAAAGUCCCUCUCUUCCUGUGAGCACCCCAGAUAUAUCUGAGCUGGAAUCUGCAGCAGAGUCAGUGGAACCGGAACCAAAACCUGAACCUCAGCCCCUAGCAGAUCCAGAUCAAGAGGUAGUUAAAAGUCCUGUGGAGACGCCUGCCACAACCCCAAUUCCAUCUCCUCCCAGAGUAGCCACACCAUCUCCUCCUAUCUCUGAGAGAAUCCAGACCCCGAGCCCACAGCCUGCCAAACUGCCAUCCAACCCCUGGGGAGAUGCAGAGCUCCCCCUAGAGGAGGAGGACCCCAGAUCAGAGAGAGAGGACCUGCAGAGCCAAAGAGCUGUCGUGAUGUCUGUGGCCAAGGAAGAAGAAGCAGAGGGUCUGAUCAUGCGGUCCCCACCUGUCACGCCCCGAAUCCCAACCCCAGCCCCUCAAGCACAGUCCCCUACUGUGCCUGUCCAGACCCCACCUCCGGCCACUCUCUCCCCUGAGGAGAGCAGCUCCUCCAUCUCAGUCACUGAGACAGAGACCGCCGAAAGGAUCAUCUCUGAGGGGGAGCUCCUCUUUAGCUACGGGCAGAUGAUCGCAGCAAGAGCUUUGGCAGAAGGAGGGGUGACACUUCCCAACCUCAAUGCUAGCCAGUCAAGCUCUCUGCAUGAUGCUCAGGAAAUGGACUAUGACCCCCCUAGUGAAGGGCAGGUGAUAAGGAGGCCACACGUCCAUCAUCACCGUGACCCUGUCCUCUCUCUGCUAGCCAAGAUGAACCAGGGCCCCAUCGCUCCACAGGAAGUACGCUACCACCCACAGCUGAACUCUGAUGAAGACAGCAGCAGCAUGGGAGAGAUGAGUGAAGGGCAAAGGCCUAGACUGACUGCAGCAGGGGAAACCAUUCUGACUGGACAUUCGCUCUUCUUGGACCAGUCUAGCCUGAAUGGACUUAUGAGCAAUCAAGGAGAAGGACGCCCUUCGUCACCAGGCCAAUUCAGCAAGGAGCCAGGGAGGGCUCCCGGGGGGGUUGAGGAGACCCAUGGUCCCAUGAGCCUCAGAGAACUGGAAGACAUACCCAGACCGCUCCCCCGGACACGGCGAGUUACACAGAUUCAAAAUGGAGAACAGGCUUUUGAAAUUCCAAGAAAUGAACGCAGAGCUUCACCUAUACAAGUGAGACCGUAUGAAAAUGUGACCGAAGACGCAAGGGAGACAGGAACUUUUUAUGACCUAGAUGGAACCAGCGUUGAGCCCGGAGAUUAUGUCACAUCAUUUUCCCCAGGGAUGGAAGCAGGCUCUUCCUCCAGAACAAAUCAUGCUCCCUUAAAAAUGUCAGUGAUGCUGCCCUCUAUGCAAGAGGAAGACCAGAGUGGAAGCAUCAGCAUGCUUGAAGGGGACACUGAUACUUCAGGGGCCGACGUAUUCUGAUUCAUCCACCCAUCUCCUUAAAGCUCUGACAUGUUGCACUGUGUUUAAUACCAAUAAUGAAAUUAUAUUGAGAGUGAUAUUUUGUUAAUGUUAGAAUAACAGCAUGAUUAAUAUGUUAAUGGGAUGUUUUUUUUUUUCUAGUUUGGAACAUAGAUGUAUAUUUUGUCUUGUAUGAGGAAUAAAAAGUGUUUUGAAUA